ACACGCGAUCGUCUGUAUUAAAAGGAAAACACUUAAAACUAUCACAUGAUCAUCAAUAUUAUAUUGUUUUAAGGACAAAUAGCACUUGACAAACAAAAGUAUUCAAAAAUUGUUUAUAUAAAGACAAUAAAGGUUUUUGUCACAUGCGAAAGUUCUCUUGAGAAAAACGGCUGCCAUAUACAUAUACAUGUGGAACAUAUACAUGUGGAAGAGAAUAAAGUCAGUUUUCAACUAAACUUGUGUAGCAAUGAUGGGGUCGAAAAUAGCGGUACUGUUCGGCUGUUUGGUUUUUGUUGCGGGCCGUUCUUUGACAGUUGAGAAAACGGUUAUGUUGGCAGAAGAUUCCAAAGAUACGGAUGCGGCUAUAAAUUAUCUUCUGCGGACUGUUCUUAGAUUUCAUGACGUCACUUCCGGUGAACAAGAUGACCCUUGUCUUUGCAGCAAAGGAAUAUGCAGGUGCUGUCAGAAAUUUCCAUAUAUGAAGCUUGUAUCAUAGCAACACGGGGAAAUAAUGUCAUUAAGAUGAACAUCACAAUUGAUAAGGAGGAAUAUUUGGAAGCCCGAAUCCCAUUUCCAUUGACAAUUUGUUCAGCUGGUACAGGAAUGAAAGCCAAAAACUGCUGUUUAGAGGUGACGAAAAUGAAUAGGAAGGAAGCGUCCGCAUGUGCAUUUGUCUCCUUCGAGGUGGAUACAAAAUGGUACAUAGGCAAGACUGAAUGCUUUAAAAUACCCGCUUCGGGGAUAGCAGUGGAUGAGGCUGUGGAUUACAAGGAUGAGGAUGUGGAUAACAACGAUGAUGACGCUGUGGAUUACAUGGAAAGUCCGAACGAUGCUGGGAAAGUCUUCAGGCUCGGGCCGAUUCUCAAGUUCUUAACUUUCAGCAGCAAUGCCAAACAAACCAGGCUCAAGUAGAAACAAUAACUAAAUUAAAAGAGAAACACAACAUCUUUGACAAAUAAUUAGAAGUGAAUUAUGAAACUGUAAUAUUAAUAG